AUGCUAGACAGUAGAUGGGUUGUGCCUUACAACCCGUACCUCUUGCGGAUGUUUGACUGCCACAUCAACGUGGAGGUGUGCUCCAGCAUAAAGGCCGUCAAGUACCUAUAUACGUACGUAUACAAGGGCCACGAUCAAACUUCAUUCAAUAUCGAGAAGCCCGAUGCUGAUGGUAACAUAGACGAGAUUAAGAGAUUCGUUGAUGCAAGGUGGGUUACUCCACCAGAGGCCAUGUGGAGGAUAUUCGGCUUUAAGCUAUGUGAGAACCACCCGUCGGUCCUACCGUUGCCGCUUCAUCUCGAAAAUAUGCAAAUGGUCACGUUCAAAGCGGGAGACAACCUAAACGACGUCGCUGCCCGAGAGAACCCAUCCAUGCUGAUGGAGUAUUUCGUGGCUAACGAGAAGCACGCGUGGGCUCGAGAUAUUCUUUACAAAGAUUUUCCGGGAAGUUUCACAUGGCAAACAACAAAGUACUGGAAGAAAAGGGACAAGGGCCAACAAGUAGGCCGAAUCAUAUCAGCCCAUCCUGCCGAGGGGGAGAGAUACUUCCUAUGGGUGCUUCUAAAUCACGUACCAGGCUCAAGGUCCUUCGAAGAUCUCAAAACAGUGAACGGUGUGCUAUGUGAUAACUUUCGUGAAGCCGCCGAGAGGAGGGGUCUCAUCGAGGCCGACAACACGCUCGACCAGUGUCUUACCGAGUCAGAGCAGUUCGCCAUGCCAGCCACACUCAGGACGCUCUUCGCAACGAUCUUGGUAUUCUGCGAGCCUGGAGAUGUGCGCGGCCUUUGGGAUAGGCACCUUGAGGCGAUGUCUGACGACUACCGGCGCAAACACACAUGCCCAAAAGAAGUGGAGCAGAAGGUGUUGCUUGAUAUCAGGGGCAUGCUGCAGUCCAUGGGAAAAGACAUAAAAUCGUUCCCUCUACCAGACAUCGACGAAACCUAUGACAACACAGAUGGCGAGGCCAGGGAGGUCAUCGAGGAAACCAAUAUCCAAGUAGACAAGGAAGACGCUUCUCUAGCGACCUCACUAAACCAUGAGCAGAGGCUUGCCUACGACGAAAUGCUAGCGGCAGUUGAUGGCGGAAAUGGGGGCGUAUUCUUCGUGGAUGGCCCAGGAGGCACAGGGAAGACCUACCUUUACAGGGCACUGCCCGCUAGGGUUCGAGGAGAGAGAAAAUUGCGUUGGCCACAACGACGUCAGGAGUCGCCGCAUCCAUCAUGCCAGGAGGCAGGACAGCACACUCAAGGUUCAAGAUCCCACUAA